AUGAAGAAAUAUAACGUCACCUAUGUUGAAAUAGUUAACAAAGACAAGUCGACCACACGAUGCCAAUGGUUUAAUGAAAACGGUAGGAGGGAAGCUGGGUAUGGUUCGUUAUCGAAUACGGCUCAAAAGGAUAUCACGAAAGACACUCUUCAUGAUUUAGUUCAUAGUGUUGUAAUACCCAAAGUAGUUCGUUUGAAAGGGAACAAAGUUACUAAGACAACAGUUAGUCUGAUUGAUGGAUACGAUUGUUACUAUACUACAAAUGAUGAUGGACAAACCCUUGUUUGUUUUACUUCCACGGAUAUACCUAAGAUCCUUCCAUUACGUACGUUGACACAAUUGAAGGGGCUGAAUAAUGAUGAUGAUAGCUCAUUAAAACACAAUUUGGAAACGGUUAUUGAUGACUUCCACCAAGAGUUACUUUCGUAUCACGAUUCAUCGACGAGCGAAGUUACGGAGCAAGAUUUACAGACAAUUUUAAAUGUGAUGAAUGAUAAUAUUGAUAAAUUCCUACAAAGACAGGAAAGAAUAUCAUUACUUGUUGAUCAAACCUCACAGUUAAACCAGUCCAGCUUUAAUUUCCAACGAAAAGCAGUGAAAAUUAGGAGGAAAAUGUGGUGGAAUAACGUUAAAUUUUGGUCUAUAUGUGGUAUUGUGACCGUGGUUUCCCUGUUCCUACUGUGGGUUAUAUUACACUUAUGA